UAAGUGCUGCCAAAAUGUCGGGAAACGGAGAUGGAUUGCUAAGUGGAAAGUCACAAUCUGUUGGCUUUCACGAAUCACAUGACGGAUCCUGCACGAGUAAAGCCUGUUCCGAUGCAAACACAGGCUCUGGACCAAAAGUACACCAAAUAUUUGAAGCGAUAAAACAUGGUAUAUUGAUACCUGUUCAAGUAUUUAUAGAACAAGAAGGUGUGGAAGUAUUAAGGGUCAGAGAUGAAAAGGGUCACACUCCAGCUCAUUGGGCCUGCCUUGGAGGUCACACCACGAUUCUUCGGCAUAUUAUUGAAAAUAAAGGACCGAUAGAUGAACCGAGUGAGAAUGAACUUGGGGCUCGACCCAUUCAUUGGGCUUGUGUUAAUGGACAUAUAGCUAUCGUAGAUAUUUUAACACAAGCUGGUGUGGCGUUAGACGUAACGGAUAAUAAAGGAUGCACACCACUGUUAGUUUCAGCUCAAUAUGGACAAACAAUGUUAGCAGGAUAUUUAAUGGGUAAAGGAGCUCGGCUACAAUUAGUAGAUAAAGAUGGCGACAAUGCCUUACAUUGGGCAGCUUUUAAAGGUUAUUCUGAGUUAAUGAGAUUGUUGAUAUAUUCUGGUUUUAAUCCUCGACAAAAAGAUAAUUUUGGUCAAACACCUCUUCAUUUGGCGUGUAUAAAUGGUAAUUUAACAGCAGUGAAAGAACUUUGUGAACAGGAUGGAGUAGAAAUUAAUUUAGCAGAUAAAAAUAAUAAAACGCCGUUAAUGUUAGCUAUUGGUAGAAAACAUGAAGAUAUUGUCAAUUAUUUAAAAAAAGAAGCCAGGUUCCGUACCAGUAUUUUACCUAGAAUAGACUUUUGGUCAAUUUUAUUUGGUCCACCAGGGAAUAGUAAAGGAGCCUUAUUAUUUUUUGUAGUUAGUAUUUUAUGUUGGGGUUAUCCAAUGUAUAUAAUAAAGUGUUUAUCGUCUACAUUCUAUGAACUACAGGUGACACAUAUGUUAUUUAUGAUGGUUAAUAUAUGUAUGUGGAUCUGUUUAUAUCACGCUAGUACCACAGAUCCAGGCUUUUUACCACGUAAUAUACCAGAAUAUGAUCAAGCUAUAAAACAGGUAGCACAUUUUGAUGAAUGGAAACAAGGUCGGAAUCCAUUAAGUCAACUAUGUCAUACUUGUAGAACAGUUAAACCUGUUAGAGCUAAACAUUGUAGAAUCUGUAAUCGUUGUAUUAAAGAAUUUGAUCAUCAUUGUCCUUAUAUAUAUAAUUGUGUUGGAUAUAAAAAUAGGACAUGGUUCUUUGGUUUUACUCUAUCAAUCUUCAUAGCAGUUAUCCUCACAGACUAUUUAUGUUAUUAUAUUCUGACUGUCCGAGGGUGGGAUUGGCUUGUAGCCAUUGGUUUACUGGAAGCUGCCUUCUUUUCUAUUGGUAUCACCGUUGUCUUCUGGAUGUCGGUUGUACACGCAGCUAUUAAUUUAACAACUAAUGAAAGAAUAAACAGGAAGAGAUAUAAAUACUUGAAGGAUGGGAAGGGAAAUUAUUACAAUCCUUUCAACCGAGGUGUUAAAAACAAUAUAUUAGAAUUUUUCCAUAUUAAGAAGCCGUUACGAGAUCAAGAAGUAGAAUAUUUGAGUGUGGAUAUUGUGUAAAAAACAAUGGAAGAACAAAGUUUAUAUUUAUUUGUGAACAAAACUGCCAUAUGAACAUUUUAAUAUAUGGUUUUAUGAGGAAAUUAAAAAGUAUGACUGGAAGAUUGAAAGACAUGGUUACCUCUUUUACUUAUGGCAUAACUUUGUUUCAUACAUAGUUCAUGGUUAAAUAAUACUUCUUGUGAUAUCUGAUCAAAAAUACAAUUAUUACUGUAGAAUAAAUACAUACAUCAAACAUAAUUCAUCUUCUCGGUUUAAAAGCAUGUAUUUUAAAAUGUUAUGUAUAUAAUAUAGAUUAUAUUUUUAAUAUUUAAGAUCGGGGGUCAUGAAACUUUUUAUUUUUCUUAACUCAAGAGUUUUUUUUUUUCAAGUUUGUUUCUAGAACUACAGGUAAAAGAUGUAAUUGAAAGUAAUAUUAAUAUUUUCCUUUUAACAUGGUACUUCAAUCAACACACUCGGAAAAAUAAGUUCCAUCUGUAGUUGUAUUUAAGGCAUGGGAUAGUCAUAGAUUUGUGUAAUUCUCAAGUUAAGAAAAUAAAUGGUUUUAUGUCCUCAAACUCCAACCCAGUUUUAUUGCACACAUAUUUUAAUCAUAAUGACUAAUGUGGACACGCUGUAGUUGACAGACGUGAUAUUUUAACAUCAAUCGGAUUAAAAUACAGAUCUAUAUUUCAUUUUGUUUUUUUAUACUCUCGAUGGUUACUGACCAGUUGUAGUGAGAGGUCGUGUCAGAAGUCACGUCAGAGGUCUUACGAGAUGCUUUUGACCCUAUGAAGUCACACAAUGAUUAAUCAAUCAGCGUUGACGUUUCUAGUGGUUUACCCACAAUUCCGUGCAUUGCACACCAAGAACUCACCGUAACACACCGUUUAAUUGGCUAAUCGCUCACAUCAACCAGAACGCCAGUAAUAUAACAACCAUUCCAGAUCCUAGACAAGUAAAAUGAUAUUUUGAACUAUAAAAAACGAAAAGAAAUAGGAUCUGUGUUUUAAUCAGAUUGUUUUAACCUGGUCUUCAACUCACUACAUAUGGUCGGUCUUAUUAUUACAAAGUUUUAGUGCCUAAGACCACAAAUUGCUUAAUAUUUGCUGGCUUUUAUGUUGAAUUCUGUAGAAAUUUGAUGAGAUAUGGCUUAUUUCAAAAUCGAGUUUAAAUGGGUAAGACUAAUGUAAUUCAUUAAACAUUUUGGUCAUAAUUCUGCCUUUAGCUUGUCACAGAAUAAAAACAUUCCAAUCAAGCUGGUUCUAUUUUUAAUAGAUCACUAAAUAGUUUCCAUUUUGUGAAGAUAAUACUGUGGUCCGUUUAAUUUCCAAACUCUUUAGCAGGACAAUUUUAUUGAAUACUCUAGUCCUUCGGCUAUACACCAUUUUAUACAUAAAGAAUCUCCUACGAGUCUUUUUUGAUAUCAAAAAAUAUCAACACUCGUUAAUAAAGUAAAAAAUAAUUUUUUUUUUUUUUUUUUAACUUUAUCGAUGAGUGUCGAUAUUUUUUGAUAAGUAAGUAUAUAUAAUUCUUUGGUAUGGAGGGAUGAGGGAUUUAGUCUAGUCUCUAUCAUCCAGAAAAAUAUUCUAUGAAUAUUAGUCUGAAUGUGUUGUCAACAUUUGAGAAUAAUUGGUCAUUGGCUAGAUUAUCCAGUCUUUUACAUUAUCAUGAACAAAGUCUAAGGGAGGUAACUACUCCCAAAACAAGAUGUUGACGCCCAUGAAAUUAAUUUAAGAAUUCCAUUUCAGAAAAUCCAUUUGCAUUGCCAGUUCAAUAUCCAACUCUUAAUUCUUUUAUUGUAAAAUUUAUCUUUUCAAUGACCACAUCUAUGUCUUUUAAUUAAUCUAAAUUGGUUGUCACGAUUCAUGUUUUUUUUAUAAUAAUGCAUGAAUUAUGGGAUUUAUUGCGGGAAGGGAAGCAACUCUUACGUGAUUUGGCGAAAUUUACUAGAUAAUCAACUGCAUAAAAACCUAAAGUCCCAGUUACGCAUGGUCAAGGGAACUUUUCGUUAAAUACUGACAACGGUCCCAGACCUUCGCUACGUUGAGGACUAGGUGGUUCUAGGUGACUGAGACUAGAAGAAUUCCAGAAUUCUUUUACAUUUAAUAUUUUACUGUAUGAAUUUUAAUUGAGAAGAUCUUGGUUACCAAUUUUUAUUCUUGGAUUGAUUUAUAUUCGUGUGAUGUCUGCUUCCACAUUGUUAUGUUACCAAUUAUUAAAAUAUUAUAGAACAAUAUUAUUUCCUACAUUAUAAUUUUGUAUGGUCUGAAUUAUGUUCUCUAUAGUAUUCAUACAUUAUAAUUAUGUAUGGUCUGAAUUCUGUUCACUAUUAUUCAUACAUUAAAAUUUUGUAUGGUCUGAAAUCUGUUCACUAUUGUUUUUAUUAUAUACAUUACAUAUUAUCAUCUUUAUAUGUUGGCUUUUAUUUAUAUGUCGAUAAUGUAAAUAAUAUACAGAAAUAAAUAUCUUGCA